AUGGUUGGCCAGAAUCGCGACUCAGCAGGGCUUGAGGACAAGAUUACUGCUCACAGUCCUUCGACAUCAGCUGUUGACGACAAGUCCGCCUACUCAUCUGAUCUCGACGACAACUAUGCCAUCUACAAGGACAAUGCCGAUCAAGAAAUUGAUCCGGCUGAAGAGAAACGUGUCCUACGCAAGAUCGACCAACGCUUGAUACCGAUCCUUAUCGUCGUCUAUUUCCUGCAAUAUAUAGAUAAGAACGGGAUAAAUUACGCGAGUGUGUAUGGCCUGCAGGAAGGCACAAACCUCCAUGGCCAGGACUUCUCGUGGUUGGGCUCCUUGUUUUACUUUGGAUAUCUCACGAGUCAGUUCCCUGCCGGAUAUGUCAUACAGCGGCUCCCGCUGGGCAAAGUCAUUGGUGUUACGACGACCAUCUGGGGCAUAAUUCUCAUCACGACUCCGGCAUGUACGAACUUCGCCGGGAUUGCCAUCAACCGGUUCCUGCUUGGAUUCUUCGAGAGUGUCGUUAAUCCUGGAUUCGUCCUCAUUAUGUCGAUCUGGUACCGCUCAGCAGAGCAGCCUCUGCGUCUGGAGUCUUACUAUUGCACGAACGGGAUAGCCACCAUGUUCGGUGGCCUUAUUGGUUACGCUGUCGGCAAUAUCAAGCACGGUCUGCCUCGAUGGAUGUACAUCUUCCUCGUUCUCGGCUCGUGCUCGAUCGCUGCUGGUCUGGCAGCACUUGUCUUCCUGCCUGAUCUGCCCUCUACUGCCAAAUUCCUGACCCCUCAGGAACGCGCCGUGGCCGUGAACCGCGUCGCAGCAAAUCGCCAGGGCAUCAAGAACCACCACUUUAAGCGUUACCAGCUCAUUCAGACCAUCCGCGAUCCAAAGACGUGGAUCUUGUUCAUCAUGGCGACAGGCGCGCAGAUCCCAAAUGCGGCGCUGACGAGCUUCGCCAGUAUCAUCGUCAAGAGCUUCGGUUUCAGCACGCUGGGAACGCAGUAUAUGCAAAUUCCUGGUGGGGCGGUACAGUUCCUUGCACUCAUUACUGGGGGAUAUAUCUGCAGUCGGUUCAAGAAUCUCAGAUUCCCGACGAUGAUUGUUGCAAACAGUAUCUGCAUCUUAGGUGCCGGACUGUUGGUUGGACUGCCAAACAGCAAUAAAUGGGGCAGACUGGUGGCACUGUGGUUGUGCUAUUUCCAGGGUCUGGGCUUCAGUAUGAGUCUGACGAUCGUGUCAUCGAAUAUUGCUGGCUACACCAAAAAGCAGCUCACAAGCGCGAUCUUGUUUACAGGGUAUUGUGUUGGUAACAUCAUUGGCCCGCAGACGUUCAAAGACUCGGAAAAGCCUGGCUAUCAUUCGGCCUAUAUUGCAAUGCUGGUUGGAUAUGUCGUCAAGUUGAUCGCUAUCAUUGUGCUGUACGUCUACAUGUGGAUGGCCAACAAGAAGCGCGACCGAGAACAGGCUGUAAGUGGCGACGGUGGAGAACAUCUUCAGACAGAUGUGGACGUCAAGGUCAGAAGAGAAGGCAUUGAGGGCGGCAUGCUGGAUAUGACUGAGCUGGACAACAAGGCUUUUAGAGGAGAGAGAGAGACUUCAGAGACCUGCAACUCUGACUGCGAGGCACUCAUUAAUAGUAACGAUGACGAGUACAUUCAUGCUGAGUCCCACAAAGAAGACAAUGACUUGGACAUCGACAACGAGCUUCUUGACAGCGACCAUGAGAACAAUCCACAAGUCGAUGCUGAGCUCAACAAGGUAGCUUUCAAUGAUAAGAACGAUGACUGA